AAUACCACACAGACCGACAGACCCACUGCUGCCGACCAGUCAUGAUUUUCAACUGGGCACGUGGCAACUACAGUUCUGUCUAUUGCAGCCAAAUUUGACUUCACCUGUACUUUCCAUUGCAUGAAACAACAGCGCCUAGUAUUAUAGAAGAAGACUCGAGUGAAGAGUGUUUUGUAUCGAAAAGGCAAACGAGUUGGCACCGAUCCCUAAUGCAAGCUACUGGGAAAGAAAGCCUAAUUGCUUCUGUCACCAGCCAUGAAUGUGAAUCAGGAUCAGUUGUUCUCGGCCCUGAAGAAGGAUGUACGAUCCUUGUUGGUCUCAGCCAAAUUUGGCGUUGCACCAGAACAGCUCAAGCGGGACUACCAGGCUUUACUCGGUUACCCCCUACCGCUAAGGACACUUGGAUUUCGACAUGUACUGGACAUGGUUAAAGAGAUGCCUGACGUGGUCUAUGUGGACUAUGAACAAGAUGGCAGUAUGAGGUUGAAAGCUGUUGUAGAUGAAACCACAAGAGGUAUCCAGCAGCUAGUGGCCAAACAGAGGACCCCUAAGGGAAAGCCUGCUUCAGGGCGGACUUUUGGGUCCUUUGGCUUCGGCAGACAGCACUAUCCCCAAGGCAAUUCGAUCAUCAUGCCCCGGCGGGUCACUGGCCCUCCACCACUCCCUGCACACCUGCGAAGCCAGCUCCGCCAGCUUCUGUCUCAGGGCCCACUGAGGUUGUCCGAGUUAGAGCAACGCUAUGCCCUCCGCUUUGGACGACGGCUGCAGCCGGAAUGCUUUGGCUAUUACUCGCUCGCUGAGCUGCUCGCUGCCUCUGCUGAUCUGAUCGCUAUUGUACAGAGCCGGAGUGGGUCCCUACUCAAGCUGAAGACCUGUAUUACACCACUGAGGCCAUUGACACCCCAUCAAAACACAGAAGCUCCCAAGCAGCAUGCAUCCAGUACAACCAAUAGGCUGUCUCCACAUUCAGUCUUGAAGGAGAGUCAGCCGCAGACUGAAAAUAAGGACCAUAUCAUCAAGCCACCAGUGUCAGAAGUGCCGGCUGGCACCAACUCUGACAAGCAGGAUGCAGAGUCUAAGGUGGAUCGUCAGUCCUUUGAGAAGUCAAUCUUAAAGCUCGAGGAGCAGCUCCGGCAGCAGAUCCUUGAGUUUGGGGAUGCAGGCACAGUCAGCCCGGAAUUGAAGGCCAAACUCCAUCAGAUAGUAACUGAAAACAUCAAUGGCAUUGCCCUCCAUCAGCUCCCACUAGUGUACAAGAAAAUGUUUGGUGAGGACCUGCCUCUGGCUGAGAGCGGCUUUGUGAACGUGUCCGAGCUAGUGGGGGCCCUGAGCGAUGUACUCUGCGUCCAACCCGACUCAAAGGAGGACAAGAGCCACCUGGUGGUGACGCAGGCAUCAGACACCGCAGAGCAGGGCCACUACUUGAACAGUGAGGACUCCCACUGGGAUGGAACUGCAGAGGAGGACACUGCAGAUGACCUACCGAUAAAUGCAGAGCAGAAGGUCGACAAAACCAUCCAACAGGUUUUGGAGCAGGUGCCUGUGGACUCUGUGGUGCCUCUUGAUGCUGUGAAGAAUCAAAGGCUGAAGGCUCCAACCCUGCGCAAGGAGAGAGAGCUGUUGUCUGUGCUGGUUGAGCAUGUGGAGUCACCUGGGCACUUCUAUGUGCGCUUUGAGGGCCAGGAAUCUCGAAUGCUGGAAGACAUGAUGUUGCAAAUGAGGACCUUCUAUGCAUGCCCAGAGAUGAGCCAGCGCUACAGACUGUUGGAUGGCUAUGUGCGACCUGGGCAGGUGUGCUGCGUGGCCCCCAGGGAUAUUUGGUUCUAUCGGGUGGUCAUCCUUCAGGUACUGGACAGCCAGCAGGUGGAGGUGUACUACACAGACUUUGGUGAUGUUAACACGGUGGACAGGGACCGCCUCUGCUUUCUCAAGGCAUGCUAUGCAACGCUCCCUGCUCAGGCCGUUCCUUCAUCUCUGUCUGGGAUCAAGCCAGUUGGGGUCUGCUGGACAGCAAAUGCCAUUGGAUGUUUCCAGAAACUGUGCUGUGAUCGUCUUCUGGUUGCAGCCAUAGACCGUUACCGUGGUGGUUUUAUGCAAGUCUACCUGUGUGACACGCAUACCCAUGAGGACCUAUACGUCCACAGCAUCCUCCAGACCGAGGGACAUGCAGUAUCAUGUUCUAAAGCUGACUACUUAGAGACAUCUUGCAAGUCCAACCCAGUGUCCAUGUACCUGGGGGAUGGUGAACUCAAGCCAGUGAAGACGCCCGAGUCGGCAGUGGAGGAGACGCACGUCACAAGUGCCACACCAGUCACAAGUGACCCAGAGUCCAUUCAUCCUGUCGCUGAGGCAAAGGUCUCUAUGGAGGAAUCCACAUCCCUACCUAAUAUUCCCGCCCUGGAAUCUGCACCCCCGCCUGAUAUUCCCGUCCUGGAAUCUGCACCCCCGCCUGAUAUUCCCGUCCUGGAGUCUGCACCCCCGCCUGUUAUUCCUGCCCUGGAAUCUGCGCCCAUGCCUGAUAUUCCCGUCCUGGAAUCUGUACCCUGUUCUGAUGUUCUCAACCUGGAAUCUACAUCCCUGCCUAAUGUUCCUUUGGAUGAAACGGCCCAACCCAAAGUCAACCCUUUUGAGGCUCUGCUGUCAAAAGACAUUCUGAUCUCCAGUGAUUGGGACCAAGGCUGGAAUCCCAACAGAAACAGCAGUGCAGAGAAGCAUGUGCCAGAAAUUGCUAAUCAUGACAGCAUCCCCAAGCAUGAAUCAUUGCCCAGGCCAGUUCCUGUAGUGGAGAGUUGUCCAGUGGAGGUGUCAUCACCUAGGAGGGAGACCUUACCCCAGGACCCCACACCACCUGCACUCUCCAGAAUCCACACCCGUGAUCUUAAGCCAGAGCAAAUCUGCCGCACAGGUGUGGAACCAUCCACUCCGAUUGUUCCAGGUUUAAUCUUCCCGAUGAUCAGCCCUGGGGGUCGGAUCAGCCCGGACAAACUAUUCUUACACCACGCCUCUCCGCUGGCGUUGAGACCGGCCACUCGAAUGGCCGCUGGACUGCACUUCCUCAAAUGGUAACCUUGCAGAAUCUACUAGAUCUGUAAAAAUCCAUAAAGGUCUUUAGGAGCUGGAUUGUACUGUGUAGAACAGUUCGUUGUGUGUUAGAAUUGUGUAAAAGACUGAAUGUUUCCAUGAGUCAUUCGAGUACAAUCUCCACAAUUACGGUAACACAGUAGAUUGUCAUUCAUUCCAUGUUUUCAGCGGCUGAUUUUGAAGUUUAAGGCAAAUUCAUUUUAAUUUUAUCAAGU